AUGAAGUCUGCUUCAAGCAAGCAUUUCUGUUGUACCAUCUGUCAGCGAGGUUUCACGCGCAUUGACCAUCUCAAACGCCAUCACCUCCGACUGAUAACCUCCGCGACCACUACACGGAUUGCGACAAGCGCGGAGACCAGAAGAUCCCGGAAACGGGGCAGAGGGGCAGGCGACGACAUGCCUGCCAGUCGGCAAAAAAGAAAUCUUCCGUGCAACAAUGAGCGUAAAAAGCAGACCAAUGGUCUUGAGCUAGGCACAGGCGCAAAAUCGAACAAUCGCGGGGACUACGUUGGUACCUCCGAUCGCGGUUCGAUCAGCUUUCUCUUGAAUGGUGGCUCCGACAGCUUUACCGAAGAGUUUCGGCUCCCUCCUUGCAGCGACCGCAGCCGGGGUAUGAAAUAUCAUACUCAGAUGGGGUUAAAGGAAGCAAGGUCUACAAUGCUGGACUAUCAGAUGGGACUCGAUCAGUUGGAUAUCGCCCCGGCAUUCAUUGAAGCCGAUCCCACGGCACGCUCCUUUUUCCACGAUAACUUUCUUGAUUUCUUCAACGGUCCGUUCGAGGGCCCACCGAAGUUCAUGGGCACGUCUCAGUAUAGUACAGGGUCUGAGUUUAGCGCGGGUCUCCCGCCAGGCCAAUCUAGCGUGACGCAUCCCAGCGAACAGCCGUAUGUACCGGAGCAGCCCUAUGCUGCUGCACUCUCGCAAGCGAUUCUAUCGCGAGCCUGGGCUGUUUCCCUGGAUGCUAACGCGAAGCAGCGAUUGGCCGCUAAUGCUAGCUUUUUGUUGACGACAGCGCGCAUCCAGAAGUUUGUCUGGAUGUAUGCCAGAUACUGGCAUCCGAGUUGCGCCAUGGUCCACCUUGCCUCGCUGCAAUUGAAUACCGUUCCGUUGCCUUUGCUGGCAGGAUUGGUAUUCAUGGGUGCUAUGUAUUCGAAUGAUGAACAGGAAACAUAUGCUGCCAAGCAAUUGUUGGACUUCGUGGAGCUUUACAUUUUCUCAACCGAGGUUUUCUCUCCAGAAAGCGAUAUCGCUUCCAUGUUUUGCAAGGGAAAGACCAACUUCCCUCAUGAGGGAGACGAUUGGGUCCAGUUUUUGAACUUCCAAGCUGGUUUCAUAAUAUGUAUUGUGCAAUACUGGUCAGGCUCUCGCAUGUCGCACAAUCGAGCCAUGGAGAACCGAUUUAGUGAAAUCACAAAGAAGGUCGCUCGUCGAAUGAACCUUACCAAGUGUCGCCACCAACACCCCGACGUUACUUCAGAGCAGCAAUGGAUCCAGACAGAGUGUCGCAUUCGAACUAUUUCCAUUAUCUCUCUUCUCGACUGUGCCUUCUGCUUCUUCCAGAACUACCCGUGUCGCCUGUCGCAUGUGGAAAUGGAUUGUGAUUUUCCCUGCCAAGAGGCACUUUUCAAUCUAGAACAUCCAUACACAGACAUCGGAUUCCAUUAUUCUCGAGGCUUUACCAUCAAAGAAGCAUUUCAGAGCCUGUUCGACGGAUCGAACGCCCCAAACAUGUCAUUCCCACUCUCUCCAGAUUCUUCGACGAAUCCUAGUGGGAUACUUCCAAACAUGAAUAUCCUUGACAUGUUCAUUCUCAUCCACCUCCUUUACGCCUUCAUAGAUACCUAUAUGACUCUUGCCUCCGUCACGCGUUCCAACCAGCCCCAAAUCCAGUCCCCACCCCAACCCACCCAGCUUUCAGAUCCUGCAUCACCCGACAAAUUCCGGUCACAGAUUGCACCGGAGAAUUCCGUGCUGGGUUCUAUUCGCGUCGCGUUAGCCCGCUGGCGCGAACACUGGCUCACGCUGCAAAGUGCCGUAUCCAACCACGAAUGGGCUUCCAUGGGGUUCUACAAGAACGGUUAUAACUUCUGGCUGGUGUGUCACCUGCUCAUCACCAGGAAGGAAAGUAUGGAUGUGGUCAUGGGGCUGGAGGUGAAGUGCGAGGACAAGUUGGAGAAGUUGAAGGUCCUGCUGAAUGAUGACAAAGAUUGA